UGUACCCGCGUGAAAAUGAGCCCUAUUUGUUCAGACGAUUUUCACGCUCGAAACCAAAAGAAAUUCGUAGCAGAAUGCUUUGAAAACAAAAAACAUAUGUAAAAAAGGAUUUUCGGACUGAAUAGUGCGGGUGAUAUAACCACGUUGGUUAUCGUUUGCAACAAAAUACGGCGGAAUCGUGAAAGAUGAUGAACACCCCCCAAUCAAAUAAAAAAAAAGGCAGGAGUAGAAUUGGUAUCAACAACGAUAGCACCAGUCCCGCGAACACUGAAACGCUGACCACGCAGGAAACAUCGAAAUUUGUUUUGGUGAAUCCUAUUGGUGAAGAUGCAAACAAAACAUUCAAAAUUGGAAUCACUGAUUCAAUACCUAUUAUUUCCUUAGAAGGAAAUGAUUUUGAUGAAAAGAACACGGUUCAAAAAGGACACACUGUGUUAUCAGAUAAAGAUAAGGAGGAGAAGAAUAUCCUCAACAGCUUACCAGUAGCUAUGGUCAAAGAGAUAAGUGGAUAUGAACAGCAAUUAGGAGAAGCAGAACCACUUCCAAAUUCUUAUAUUAGAUUUAUGGAACGCAGUGGAGAAGAACUUGAUGGAGAAGUAGAAUACGAUCUGGAUGAAGAAGACACUGCAUGGUUGACCAUAGUAAAUGAAAGACGAUUAGCUUCUGGACUCAAUCCACCUUUGGAACCUGAUACAUUUGAAUUAUUAAUGGAUAGGUUGGAGAAAGAAUCAUAUUUUCAGCAACAAAGUAAUGGUGGUGGAGGAGUAGCAGCUGAUGAAGAUGCAGUUUGCUGUAUUUGUAUGGAUGGAGAGUGUCAAAACAGUAAUGCCAUACUAUUCUGUGAUAUGUGCAACCUUGCAGUUCACCAAGAUUGUUAUGGUGUACCAUAUAUUCCAGAGGGACAAUGGUUGUGUAGGAGAUGUUUGCAAAGUCCUUCUCGAGCUGUUGAUUGUGUUUUAUGUCCAAACAGAGGUGGUGCUUUCAAACAAACUGAUCGUCCAGCUACCUGGGCUCAUGUUGUAUGUGCUUUAUGGAUACCUGAAGUAAGAUUCGCCAAUACCGUGUUUCUGGAGCCUAUUGAUAGUAUAGAAAGCAUACCUGCUGCACGGUGGAGACUCACAUGCUGUGUGUGUAAACGUAGAGGAUCUGGUGCUUGCAUUCAGUGUCACAAAAGCAACUGUUACGCGGCGUUUCAUGUGACGUGUGCUCAGCAAGCUGGUCUGUGUAUGCGUAUGAGAACAGUACAACCUGCAAAUGGAGAACCAAUGUUAGUUCAAAAAUCCGCUUACUGUGAGGCACAUACACCAGCAGAUUAUCAACCUUCCACCAAUCCUGCUGAUGCGAGAAGGAGGGCAAUCGCUAAUAAAAAAAGCUCUUCUGCUCCUGUUAUCUCUAUUCCAACUAUACCGCCAGAACGUAUUAAGGAAAUUGCAAGCUUAGCUGAAGGAUUGCCUAAACGAAGCCAAUUGAUACAACGUCUUAUAGCAUACUGGACUCUGAAACGUCAAUACAGAAACGGCGUUCCACUUCUUAGAAGACUUCAGAGUUCUCAUCCACAAUCCAGACCACCGCCAUUGGGGGAAAACUCUUCGCCGCCACCAGACAGCGAACUACGCGGAGAACUAUAUCGUCAACUGAAAUAUUGGCAGUGUCUGCGUCAAGAUCUCGAGCGGGCUCGAUUACUUUGCGAACUAGUUCGAAAACGCGAGAAAUUAAAGAAGGAACUGUUCAAAGUGAAAGAAAAAUGUUUAUGGUUCGAGUUGCGUCCAUUAGAAAGUAUUCUGCGCUCUUUGUUGGAAGCAAUUAAAAUGAAAGAUGUGAACGACGUGUUUGGACAACCAGUGAACACUAAAGAGGUUCCAGAUUACCUGGAAAUAGUAUCACAUCCCAUGGAUCUCUCUACAAUGCAGGUUAAAAUAGAAAGACAAGAGUACGAUACCAUUGGAGCUUUUGAGGCAGAUUUCAACCUUAUGGUGAAUAACUGCUUGGCCUACAACCGCAAGGAUACCAUGUUUUAUAGGGCUGGAAUAAAGAUGAAGGAACAAGGUGGUGCUCUGAUAGAGCAAGCUCGGAAGGAUUAUCCUGAACUUGAUCCCGUUGGGGAGAACGAACAAACGGGAUCCAAAUCCAGAAAGAGGGACCGUGCCAAUAGAAGUCGCGGAGAAACAGAGUUGCAGUCUGGGGAGAAAGAAAUAGGCGGAGGAGGUGUAAACAGAAGAACAGCAGUUCUGUUCACACGCAAGGCGAGAGCACGAGCUAGCAGGAGCAAUCAGAUGUUUGUCUUAGAGGAUGAUAAGAAAAAACAGAGUGAUAGUUUCAAGGUGUACAGAAGCGGAACAAUGGACAGCGACGUGGGAGAAGGUGAAAGUCAAUCUUCGAGUUGUAGUAGCUGUUCAACGAGCAGAUCCACUACUCCCGAUUUAGAAGAGCAGAAACAGAGGCAGCAGGAGGCGGAUGAGGCGAAAAAGGAGUUGGAGAACAAGCAGGGAGCAGCCAGCAACGGCCUGGAAGCGCUGCAGCUCGUAUGGGCCAAAUGUCGCGGUUAUCCAUGGUAUCCGGCUCUCAUAAUAGACCCUAAUACACCUAGAGGUACUGUACACAAAGGUGUACCCAUACCAGCGCCGCCUGACGAUGUAUUAGCACUCGCCGUUAAUUACAAAGAACCAGUAUUUCUUGUUCUGUUCUUCGAUACCAAACGGACAUGGCAAUGGUUACCAGGUGAAAAGUUAGAAAAACUGGGAGUGUCUCAGGAAUUAGAUGAAGCGAAGUUGAUUGAAUCUCGAAAGCCCGCUGACAGAAAAGCUGUGAAGAAAGCGUACCAGGAGGCGCUUCAUUACCGGAUUUAUGCUUAA